UUAGUCCCAGCUCGCAGUUUGACACAGUCCCCAGCACGCGCAUUUGCGUGCCAGUCGCGGUCGGUGCUGGUGGCACGGAGGUUCAGUGAGACCAACUGAUCUUCCAAUAUCUCGGAUUGUACUUGAAAGGAAUAUGGAUAAGUUGCGGCUUGUGAUCUUUAUCUCCCAAUGUUUCGUGUUACUCAAGGUGUGCAGUGGCGCCUCUGUGGACAGGUAUGAGAGUAGCAAAUCCAGAACAACAGUGGUCAACCUCUUUCACACUCCUGAGAAAACAAACACAACAGGCCACCAGCUCCACAAUGAGACAAAUGUGUAUUAUGAGGAUGAGGAUGAUGAUACUUAUGAGGAUGAUUAUCUAUCUGGAGAUUAUGACCUCAGCAAGCCAAAAGUGGCAUUUUCCACCAAAUCCAAACAUCCGUUGGUGAUGCCCACAACUAAGAAGAAGACAACAAAAGGAAAAAGGAGGGGCAAAGGAAAAGGCAAGGGGAGAAAGAAGAACCCCUGCCUCGGGGAGUACAAAGAUUUCUGCAUUCAUGGAGUGUGUCAGCAUCUGAGGGAGUUUCACAUUCAUUCUUGUGUAUGUGAUGCCGGUUACUCAGGGGAGAGAUGUCAUUUAUUCACCCUACCAUCAGCUAAGGUGGAACAGCGUUACAGCAGGACCACAGCUCUAGCUGUCGUAGCAGUGGUUCUGUCCCUCAUGUGUCUCGCAAUCAUUGCUAUUCUGCUGGCACUAAGGUUUCACAAAAAAGAUGAUGCUGAUGUAGAAAGUGAAGAAAAGGUCAAACUUGAGGCAAUGUCAAUAUAGUAGUGAUAAGGAAAGAAAGGAUGAAGAAAGUCAAAACAACACGUGACCCAUGGAUAGAUAGCAUUAUGGCUGAGGAGCAGGGCCAUCAUUGCUACAUUUUUCCACUGGUUAUCAUUACUUUUCAAAACAUUCUUACUCUCCUUUCAAAUGGAUCCUACAUACCUGAUGUCCUCCGAUUAUGGUGGCUGUCAACAUCGGCAUGAAGGACGUUUCGAACUCUGCUUCCUUGUACAGAGCAAUGUUCCUCCACCUGGGGAACAUACAGAGAGGACUUAACCGGAUGAAUGUAUUGCAACGUCAAUCAAGUUGCUUUUUUGUUCGUACUGUCAGAAACGCCACAAAGCAUUUGUAAUUAUUUAUUUAUAAUAUAUUAGUUAUUUAUUUUGAUACGUAACGAUUUCGUGUACUGAAUGCACUGUAAGUUUUGUAAAUGUGUUUUUAUUGUAUGAAUAUUUAUUAUCGAUAGAUACAAUCAAAUAAUGUUCUAGGACUGAAGUUGCUUCAUAGACUUUACAAUCACAUAUGGAAAACUCUCCAAUAAGGUUUCAAUAAUAUUACAGCUAAACUGUGAAAAACAGAUUUACGGAGCUCUAAAAAUGGAUUAUUGUCAGAGGCAUUUGUCAGGGGCUUCGUAGGUCUUUUAUAUGUAUUACUGAGAAAGUGUAGCUUAAAUUAAGUGAAAUAAAAACGAGAAGUUUAAUCAAAGCAUUUUUGAAGUACUAUGUGUAACAAAAUAACACAAUUUAAUUUACUAAUUUCAAGCACUGAUAACCAAACAUUUUCUAUCAAUGAUAAUACUGUUGUUUGACUUUAAUUAAAACAAAUGUCACAUUGUGA